AUGGAAGUUGCCAUGUGCGCCUCUGGGCACAUCCGCUCGUUCCUGUGGCCGGGCGUCGCCUCCUCCUGGAAGCAGGCCGCCGCGAGCUUCCCAGGCGCGAGGCUGGACCUGCGCCGGGACGGAUUUUUCGUUGGGCACUUCGGCAAUUUCUCGCGUUUCCAGACCAGCCCGAUAUUGCUCGACACUUAUGUGCGCGAUUCAUUUGGUGGCGACAAAAAUUUGGCUUUCAAGCACGCUUUGAAUUUAACCAGGUUGCCGCUGAGAUAUCUGUUAACCAACGAGCGAGACGGUAAAUGCGAGGACCUGCGAGCGGCUUGGAAGGCUGACGGUCUAGUCACGCGCAAGUGCAGAGACGACCCAUCAUUUUUACAAGUGAUGUGGAUGGACCAUUGUUUUCGACAGGCCGAAAAAUACAAAUAUGCACUCAUCGUGCGGAUCCGACCAGAUGUGGCACUUCUGCAACCAAUCAAAUGGGCGUUCGACACCCGCAAGUGGAAUUUUAUGCCAAAGGCAGACUCGGGGAAUGUAGACUGGUUUUUCGUUAUUCCCACAACCAGUCUCAAAUCGACUUGGGCCAAUGUGGUUCAUCUUUAUUUCACCCGGGUUGCUAGGUGGGAUUUAAUGUUGCCGGAUUACAACCUGAUCAACGCGAAGGAUACCAUACAUUUUAAGCGUGUUGAUCAGCCCAUCGCGAUCGUGCGGCGAGACAUGGUGUUGGGAUGCCGGUGGAUUGCCAUGUCAGUUUAUCGAUCCGAUUGCGUCGCCAAGGAAAAGUCAAAGUAUUUCAUGACGGAGCACUGA